CUGGAGGAUGGAGUCAUGGAGAUACCAGCACCAACAUGUUACUUAUCCACUUCAUUAUUGUAUAUUUUAUGGGAGGAGGAGGAUGAGGAGGACCAGAGAGAGGCCAGAGAUGGAGCUCUGAAGGUUGCAGUGCACAUCCUGAGGAACAUGAGUCAGGAGAUCUUGGCGGAGCAACUGCAACAAUUUGUCAGCUCUGACGUUUGUGCUGCUGGGAUUAUGGAGGAUCAGAUUCACCUGCCAGAUCUGAUGAAGGUUUGCUGAGGAUGCUGCCAGUGGUCAAAUCAUCAAGAAGUGCUCAGCUGAGAUAUAGUCAUCUCACAAUGGAGAGCUGUGCAGCUUUAUCUUCAGUUAUAAGCUCAAACUCUUCCAGUCUGAGGCAGCUGAACCUAAGUGAAAACAGUCUGGGAGAUUCAGGAGUGGAGCUGCUUUCUGCUGGUCUGAAGCAUCCAAAUUGUAGAAUGGAGAAACUAGACCUAAGAUGGUGCCACCUCACAGAGAAGAGCUGUCCAGCUUUAUCUUCAGCUCUUAGCCCAAAGUCUUCCGCUCUGACAGAGCUGGACCUGAGUUAUAAUCUCCUCGGAGAUUUAGGAGUGGAGGUCUUUUCUACUGGCCUUAAAUGUCCAAAUUCUAAACUGAGGGAGCUGGGGCUGAGGGGCACAAACAUCACAGUGAAGAGCUGUGCUGCUUUAUCUUCAGCUCUCAGCUCAAACUCUUCCAGUCUGAGGCAUCUGGACCUGAGUGACAAUAAGCUGGGAGAUUCAGGAGUGGAGCUGCUUUCUGUUGGUCUGGAGGAUCCAAACUGCAGACUGGAGGAACUACAUCUGUGGAAAUGUGACCUCAGCAUGAGGAGCUGUUCAUCUCUAGCUUCAGCUCUCAGAUCAAACCCCUCCAGUCUGAGAGAGCUGAACCUAAGAUACAACAGACUCCAUCAGUCUGGAGUGGAGCUGCUCUCUGCCCUACAGAAAGAUCCUACAUAUAGACUGAGCAAUCUAAUUACUCAAUAGAAAGAAUGACUCACUGUAGUGUCUAUCUCCUCCAUGUGAAAUGUUGUAUCCAUUAUUGAUGUAUCUAUAUGACAAUGCAGUAGUUAUAUUGGACACAGUGUAGGUAUCAGGUAUCCGGAAUCCCAUGUACUGGGAUUGAAAACCAAAAUUGAAAAGAAAAAAAAAAUGACCAUGUAAAUUGUAAGUUGUAAAUCCAGUAAACAUAAAGUAUUGAGAAUGGGGUUUGUGUUUACUGUUUUGAGAGAAGGGUGGAAGCUUUCAAAAAUCUGUUUUAUCAAUUGUGAAAAACUGUACACCGGAAAAGACAGGCAUUUCAGCACUGUAAAUGAGAAGUAGGCUACUUUGCAGCCUGCAAUGUACUCUGAAUGCCUCACUGAUACAUUGUUGAUAUGAACCUGCACUGUUCAGCAACCUGUUUACACUCUGAACUAGCUUAUAUUGGGUGUUUCACAUAAUUUGAAACAAGUGUGAUCAAUUUUGAGUAGUUGUGUUUAACGGAUGACAUCUGUGCUCUGUGUUUAUUUUCUGCCACUUGUGGUUACCAUUAUGCAUCACAAGUGCAUCACAAUGCAAAAUGUGUCUUAUUGCAGGAGAAUGUGUUUAGAGUUUUACAAAAAGAGUAAGAGAUAUCUGUUUCAUAUGUGAAAACUGUAAAGGUUUUGCCAAAAGGGGGAUCGAUUCGACAAAUGUGUUCAGACAACUGAUAAUUUGGUUCAGAGAAUGGAGUUUAAUGUUUUAGCAAUUGUGACAAAUUGUAAUAUACACGUUCAUCCAAACCAGUCUACAGACAGAGAUGGGGGGGUAUUUUAAAUGAAUGUAUCUAAAAUAUAUUUUGUAUGGACAAAAACAAAAAAAUAUGUUAUAUGCCGUAAAAUACUUUGUUACAAAUGUAAGCUUGACAUGAUAUGCAUUAUAAAGUUUUUAAAGUUUUAAAGCA